UCAGACGCAGCAACAAAUCUCUAAUAUCUUGUCGUUUUUGUCUCUUCUACCUCUUUUUUUUUUGGAGAGGGGGGUGUUAAAUUCAACUCCCCUCCUCACAUCUACAUUAAUAGAUAAACAGGUGUGGCUCUACAGUGAAGGUGCACACAUGGAGGUAGAGGGACUGGAUGAUGAGGGAGCUUCAUCUCACAGUGAACUUGCACUCAAUGAUGAUCUCCAGUUGGUGCAGCAGGAAUCAGUGCGUCUGGAAAGCUCAGCGCCUGUAGAGAAUGUGUUUGUGGACAGGAAAGCAGUGGACAAACUCACGGAGGGAUUACUCUCCCACUACCUACCAGAUCUACAGAACUCUAAACGAGCCCUCCAAGAGCUCACACAAAAUCAGCUGAUACUGUUAGACACGCUGGACCAAGAAGUCACAAAGUUCAGAGAAUGUAAUGCCUUACUGGACCUAAAUUCACUGUUUACAGAGGCAAAGAUUUACCACAAUAAACUGGUCAACAUAAGGAAAGAGAUGAUUAUGUUGCACGAGAAGACAACUAAACUAAAGAAAAGAGCUUUGAAGCUUCAGCAACACAAGCAGAAAGAAGAACUGGAGAAGGAGCAACAACGUGAGAAGGAGCUUGAGAGAGAAAGGCAGCUCAUUGCCAAACCUGCUAAAAGAGCAUAGAGUCCCCAAGUUCGACUGCUGUAUUAAAGGAUACAGGUGGUUUUGCAUGUUUCAGUCUAUUUAUUACAAAUUAAGGGUCAUUCUCAUAAAUACUGACCAUUUCCCAAAGCGUAAGUAUUUUUACAGUUUUUAAAUUAUUAUUGGUUCUUGGGCAUUUUUGCCUUUGACUGAGACCAGGGCAGAAUGAGGAGAGAUAACAUGCAAGGUUUCUAGAUGGAUUCAAACAGGAGAUGUUACAGUCACAUAGUCCUGGCACUUGAGCCUUCUUGGAUUUUUGAAUGCAUUUAGUUGUUUUCCACGCAGCCAUUGUCUCUGUUCAUUUCAAUAUUGUGUUAAAAUCAACUUGAAUCUUGCUUUGGACAGGUAUUUUAUUAUUGUCCAAGUUACUUUGUGUUACUGUUACAUGGUAAUGCAGAUGAAAAUGAAUUUAGCUGUGAAAUGCCUACCCUAAAUUACUCCUCAAUAACACACCAGACAGGUUUCAAGUGUCUGCAUGUUUAAAAUGUGACUUUUGUUGUGUGCAACAAAUUUGCAUACAGUUUCACUACCCAUCAGCUAUAGAUACUUCUAAACACUGCGAGGAUUAUAAAAGGAGAAUGUUUUACAUGUAGUAAAAUAGUGCAACACAGCUUCUGCAGACAUAUUUGUUGUAGUGAAUGACACAAAUUGGAGUUGGAUUUAAACAUUAUCUUUUUUUUUCUUCAAAAUAAUCCCAGUUAAAGGUCCAAUUCAUAUCUUGUUCUGUAGAUUUUAACUGCAUUUUACUUGAAGAUUGCACCCCUCCUGACACCUACACUGCAACAGUAAAUAAACCAAUCCUGUAUGUUUAUUUCUGAAACAAACUGAAAUGAAUCAGAAACUGUGGCUGUCUGGGACGAGAGAAAAAGCAAAGUUAUGGGAUUGUGGUAUUCUUUGGGAAAUCGUUCACAUAACACAGUGUGAUGUACAUGAGUUUUAGUAAAUGGGCUAAAACAUGCAAAAACUCUUGAUCUUUUAAGUCUGACAUUGCCAGGAUCACCACAAACCAAAGACAUGGACUCAAUCAUCAAAUGCUGGUACUUCCUACUAUCAACCUCUGAGGACACACACAAACUCGAGUACUUCUAAACUCCUGAGAACAGAAAAAAACAACUUGAGACUUUGAACAGGAGUAUAAUCAAUGUGUUUGCUGCCUUUUGUUAAAGAUAAAGUAUUAAUAUAUCUUGUCUCUGGGCAUUGUGCCCUUGUAGUGUUGAAUGUUGAACUGUUUUUAAAAAUCAGAUAGGUCUGCACUAAGAUUGACUGACGGUAUUUCUGGGGUCCAGAUAUUAUAAUGGAAGAUGUACCAAACGUUCCCCUCAAAAUACACAGCAUAUUUAAAUUUGUUUAAACAGACCUUUCAAGAGGUUUCUAUGCACUACGUAACCCUGGAUCUACAUUGUUUGUAAGAUUAAUAAUAAAAUUCAUGUCAACGGGUUUGCUU